UAUUCGUUCGUAUUAUAUGGAAAAUCAAAACUCCCUAUCUCCUCCUCUGUUCAUAAAUACAAAAGUCGUGUUUGCUUGACCAUAAUUUUUAGGUGUGAAUUUCAGCUGUUUUCCAUAUUCAGAAUCAAACGAGGAUAAAUUAAUCGAGCCAGAGCCAAACAAGGCUCUAUGAAAUGUAUGUGGUAUUCAAAUUGUUGAUCAGUGCAAUAUUCUCGCAAAAAAAAGGGAAAAAAUAUAGGUUACAGUUUUGAGGCGAGUAAUUUGAGGCAUGGAAGCAGAGACGGUAAUGAGUAAAGAGGCGGCGGCAGUGGUACUAGCCGGAACUGAAGCUAAAUCGGCAACGGCGAAGGCAAAAAUGAACGAAGUGGAAUUGGUGAAAUGCGAGUGUUGUGGAUUGACGGAGGAUUGCACGGCGGCGUAUAUAGGGAGGGUUAAGGAGCGGAACGAAGGGCGAUGGAUUUGUGGACUGUGUGCGGAGGCAGUGAAGGAUGAAAUUAUGAGGUCAUCGGAGAGGCGAAUUGGGAGAGAAGAGGCUCUGAAUCGUCAUAUGAAUUUCUGUAGCAAGUUCAGAGGUCUAACGCCGUCACCGAAUCCGAAGGACGAGUUGAUAUCGGCGGUGAAGCAGUUGAUGUUCAGAAGCUUGGAUUCGCCGAGAUCAAGUCCGGUGAGAAGGCGCCAAGGUCUGAUUCGAUCUCAGAGUUGUUUUUCAAUUGAUAGUUGAAUAGGAGCGAUCGCGAUAAUGCGUAUUUCAAUAAGCAUAUAUUUAAAUUGUUGCAACUAAAAAGCUCGUGUUCAAACGUUAGAAAUUUAAACCACUGGUAUGACUUCAGAGAACAAUGAAAAUGAAUGAAUUUUGCAUUAGAUUAGAUGGUGA